CGGUUGGUUUCAUGUGAUGAUGCAUUGAAAAAAAACUUGAUAUUGUGCUGAUUUUGUGAAUUUCAGUUGUUCUCUCCCUUUUUGUUCUUUGAAACCCAACACUUGAACAAAUUCCCUUCUUAAUUUUUUAGCCAACGAUGUCUUCGCCUUCUUCAUCAAAUCUUCCUCUAAUAGCAAUCCCCGGAGGUUAUGGCUUGCCCUUCUUCGGCGCCAUAAAAGACCGGCUUGCCUACUUCUACCAUGAGGGGACAGACAAGUUCUUCCGGACCCGGAUGGAGAAGUACCAGUCGACGGUCUUCCGGUCCAACAUGGUUCCGGGCCCUUUCAUGGCCCGGAACCCUAAGGUCAUCGUGCUCCUUGAUGCUGUCAGCUUCCCGGUCCUCUUUGACACAUCCAAGGUCGAAAAGAAGGACGUGUUCACCGGGACCUACAUGCCCUCGACCGACUACACGGGCGGAUACCGCGUCUGCGCCUACCUCGACCCCCCUGAGCCCAAACACGCCCUCUUGAAAGGCUUAAUUCUGUCGACCCUUGCGAAGCGUCAUGAUAAGUUCAUUCCACUCUAUAGGAGUUCCCUAUCACAGCUCUUCAUUGACCUAGAAGAUGAGUUCUCUAGCAAAGGCAAAGCACCAUUCGACGACUAUUGCAACAAAAUGUCCUUCAACUUCUUGGCCAACCUAUUCUGCGACCAAAAUCCAUCUAGCACGAUCCUCACGACCGACAAAGCAACGAAAUUCUUUGACUCGUGGUUGUUUUUCCAACUUGCACCGUUGAUUACCCUAGGGUUACCAAAGAUACUAAACUUUUUGGAAGACAUAGUCCUACACACUUUCCCAUUGCCUUCGUUGUUGCUCAAAUGCGAAUACAAGAAAUUCUACAAGGUGUUCAAUGAGUACGCAAAAUCGAUAUUGGACGAAGCUGAGAGUUUGGGAAUCAAAAGAGACGAAGCUUGCCAUAACCUUGUGUUCCUGAUGUGCUUCAAUUCCUAUGGGGGCAUGAAAACCACGUUGCCAGCGUUGAUCAGGUGGGUCGGACUCGCCGGAGAAGAGUUGCAGCGACAGCUUGCGGAGGAAAUCAGGACUGUUGUUAGGUCGGAAGGCGGGGUCACAAUCGCCGCCUUGGAGAAGAUGAGCUUGACCAAGUCGGUUGUCUGGGAAGCGCUGAGAAUCGAGCCUCCGGUUGCGUUCCAGUAUGGCCAUGCCAAGGAGGAUAUGGUGAUCCACAACCACGAUGCAGCCUUCGAGAUCAAGAAGGGCGAGAUGAUAUUUGGAUAUCAGCCGUUUGCAACCAAGGAUCCGAGGGUGUUCGAAAGGCCAGAGGAGUUCGUGGGCGACAGGUUCGUCGGGGAAGAAGGCGAGAAGCUGUUGAAGUACGUGUACUGGUCAAACGGGCGCGAGAUCGAUGAUCCGACCGUGGGGAAUAAGCAGUGCCCUGCCAAGAACCUGGUGGUGCUCUUGAGCAGGGUCAUGCUCGUGGAGUUCUUCCUCCGCUACGACACGUUCACGGUCGAGGCCGGGACGUCGACGCUUGGGUCGACGGUGACGUUCACGUCAAUGUCGAAGGCCACGAGUAGUUGAGUCUCAAUCAUAUCUAGCUCUCUCAUAGUUUUUGUGAAAUUAUCUACUAGGACCAGGUCGUGAUUUAAUUGUUUCGAUUGGUUUGCUGGUGGAAUAAAUUCUGGUGAUUGCUGCAUCGAUUGGUUUAUCCCCUUUACUCAAUAAAAUGCUUUGGCUGAA